CUUUCGCAAGGUGCACGGCCAUGGUUCAGCUCCGGCAACCUUGCGUCCUCUCGAGAAAAAUUUCUCAAACUUUCUCUAUUUUUCGCGAGUUAAAAACCUCAAGAGCCAGCGGCCACGCAGCCAUGGAUCCCGUCGAGAGUGCAAAGAAAGCCGCCGCGUUUAAAGCCGUUGACACACACAUAAAGAAUGAUGACAGAGUAGGCAUAGGCAGUGGAUCAACUGUUGUUUAUGCAGUAGAGAGAUUAGCUGAACGAGUCCACAAAGAUGGCUUGAAGGUUGUUUGUGUCCCCACGUCCUUCCAAGCCCGCCAGCUCAUUGUGAACAAUAAUCUGACUCUCUCCGAUCUGGAGAUAACUCCUGAGUUGGACGUGGCAAUUGACGGUGCGGACGAAGCCGAUUCUGACUUGACGCUGAUCAAAGGGGGUGGAGGAUGCCAGCUGCAGGAGAAGAUUGUGGCAGCUGCGGCAAAACUCUUUGUGGUGAUUGCAGACUACAGGAAAGAUUCAUCAUUACUAGGAGAGCAAUGGAGCAAAGGGGUCCCCAUUGAAGUGGUCCCCAUGGCUUACCGACCCGUUCAGUUGAAGAUCGAGUCGAUGUUGGGGGGAAAGGCUCUCCUUCGGCAGGCAAAGUCCAAAGCUGGUCCAGUGGUGACGGAUAAUGGUAACUUCAUUCUGGAUUGGGUAUUUGACGGGAAGCACAACUGGAGUGAAGUUAAUCAACAGAUCAUGAUGAUACCUGGUGUUGUUGAAACUGGCUUAUUUGUGAACAUGGCCAAAAUUGCAUACUUUGGAAUGCAGGAUGGUUCUGUUAAGGAGCGCGCUGUUUAGAUGACUCAAGAUGGUGCUAAAACUGUGGAGAGAUGAUCUAGAAGUUGCAAACAUUCCACUUAAAUUUAUUUAUAAUGAUGGGGCUUAUUUGACACUUGCUGUAUCGGGUUGAGCUUUUUUUCUUCCCUUUUCAUGAAAACAAAUGCACUGUGUCCCAGUGGUAGUAUAUGUAUAAGCAUGGAAAUAAAGGUUAUCCAUGACAGUAUAAAGGCCUUAUCACUUUUUCAGUCAAUUUUACGUUUUCUGUAUGAAUUUGAGGCUUUUUGAAAGCUAGUGUGAUUCCCAGGCCCUCACUCAGAUGGUGCUAUGUUUGUUUACAUGGGUAUAAUGUUUGCUGCCUUGGUAAUGUGAUAGGGUCAGUCCAUUUGCAUACAGAAAGUUCAUAUGGAAAUGCAAAAGUUGACAGAGAAAGUGCUAGUGUGAUACGGCCUUAAGAAAUAUUCAAGCUCAUUUUUUUUAUCAUGCUAUUGUAAACAUUGUUAAUUCUGAAUAUGGAAGAGUGUAUGGAAAUCUCAUUGUCUUGUGUUAAGAGUUUCAAUAUAGAAAAAAAACAGGUAUAUGAUAUGCAUGUUUUUUGAGUGGUAAAUGCUUAUUGUUAUAGCUACAUCUACACAGAUAUAAAACUGAUGUUGUCUAUAUUUAUCAUGAUACAUAUUAGAAUCUGAACAACUGAUGAAAUAUUUUAUGUCAUAAAUCUUUGUAAAGAAAUAUAUGCAGUGUGUGUAUAUAUAUAUAUAUAUAUAUAUAUAUAUAUAUAUAUAUAUAUAUAUAUAUAUAUAUAUAUAUAUAUGCUAUUUAUGACUAAUUCCUGCAAAGUAUGUUAUUUUAAAUAUGAAGUCAUAUCUUUGAAGUUUUAUGUUUUUGUACCAUGGAAUAAAUAUAAAAUUUUGA